UAUUCAAUUAUACCUUUAUUCACCAUUCGUAUUUAGUUAAAUCUAAGGGCAAACUCUUUAAAGAUCUCAAGUAUGCACGCUUUUUUAUUCUCAAGUUCACAUAACUUUAACGACAACGGUGGAAUUGUUUGUCGUGGUGACUCGAGGAAGUCAAGUUACUGCAGUUAAAAGCGGCGGUCACUUUUGUGAGGAAACGUGAACUAAUCGCUCACCCCACUUUUAAGGGGAGUUGCUGUGUCAGUGUAUUGCAGUGUGCCCUGCAAGAUGUCCUGGGGUGAGCUGGAAGCCCUGUGUCGUGGAGAGAGGCUCCACUGUAAAGAGCUUGGGGUGAACAGGGCCAAUAUCAACGACUAUGAGGUGGAAUUCCUCUGUGACUACAAGAAGACUAAGGAGGAGGAGUUCUAUCUGGUAAAGUGGAGAGGCUACCCAGAGUCGGAAAACACUUGGGAACCCAAGAGGAACCUCAAAUGUCCAAAACUGAUGAAACAGUUCCACCUUGACCUGGAUCAGGAGCUGAGGCGCCACAAGAGACGCUGCACCCCAAAAAAGCUCGAUAAAGAAGUUGCUUUAUCCCUGAUCCAGAAAGCCAAACUCCGUCAAAGUCUGCAGCGGUGGGAAGCCCAUUUGAACCAGACACGCAACCACCCAGGUCGCAUUUUUGUCAUGAAUGAAGUGGACUUGGAGGGGCCCCCAAAAAACUUCACCUACAUUAACAACUACAAAGUAGGCCAGGGAAUCAUAUUAGAUGAGAUGGCCGUGGGUUGUGAGUGUAAAAACUGUUUAGAGGAGCCAGUAAAUGGCUGCUGCCCGGGGGCCUCCCUGCACCGCAUGGCCUACAAUGCCAGAGGGCAGGUCCGGAUCCGGCCGGGGAAGCCCAUAUAUGAGUGUAACUCCCAAUGCAGCUGUGGCCCUGAUUGUCCCAACAGAGUGGUGCAGAAGGGCAUCCAGUUCGACCUGUGCAUCUUCAAGACGGAGAACGGCCGGGGAUGGGGCGUCCGUACACUGCAGCAUAUCAAAAAGAACACAUUCGUCAUGGAGUAUGUGGGAGAGAUCAUCACAACAGAUGAAGCAGAGAGGAGGGGUCAUGUGUAUGACCGCCAAGGCUCCACAUACCUAUUUGACCUGGACUAUGUGGAGGAUGUGUAUACAGUGGAUGCAGCUCACCAAGGCAACAUCUCCCACUUUGUCAACCACAGUUGUAACCCCAACCUGCAGGUAUUUAAUGUGUUCAUCGACAACAUUGAUGAGAGGCUCCCGAGAAUUGCUUUAUUUUCAACAAGAGCUAUUCGGGCAGGAGAGGAGCUCACCUUUGACUACAAGAUGCAAAUUGAUCCAGUUGACACAGAGAGCACCAAAAUGGACUCCAGUUUCAGUCUAGCGGGGCUCACCAGUUCUCCCAAGAAGAGGAUUCGAGUGGAGUGUCGGUGUGGAUCAGACUCGUGUCGAAAAUACCUGUUCUGACAAUAGACUUUUGGAAACGCAACACCUUUAUUUGUGUAAAGAUGUGAAAAAAUUGUACAGCUUUUUAAAAUGGGGUUUUCUUUUCUUUCUUUAUUUUUUUUCAUGAAAACUGAAAUUUGCCAUCGGUUUUUCUGAACGUGACAAACUCUUCCAAAACGAAAAUCCCGAUCUGAUCCAAUGACAGUGGAGGAUGGGUGGAACAAAUACCACAAAGACCAGCUGUCACAUCCUGCAUGUACAAGAGCUUAACAGUGACAAAAAGGAGGGGAAAUGAAUGCCGUUGCUGAGUGUAAACAGUUAUGCAUGUACCAUGUGCCCACAAGUUUACAUUCAGUAUUUCUUAACACAAAGAAAAACUAGCUGCCUGCAGCACAUAAAUGAACCGUUAAAGUAAAUUCAUAUGUUUAUUUUAAAUAUGGCUCAGUACAAAUACCCUGUGCUGUAAAAGCAGAAUGUAGUUGCAUCGUGAGAAAAAAAAAUAAAUCAUGUAUAGAAUUCAAAUAAAACUGAACAAGAUGUUUCAAUAGUCAUUUUCAAAUUGUGAUAUGCUUAGAGAUUCCUACCCACAAUCUGAUCUGUACUAUUAAUUACUAUGUCGACUAUGGAUUAUAUGAGUGAUUUCAGGCAUCUUUAUCCUUCGCUUUUAAAUUGCAAGUAGGUAUAUCAGCUCAUCCAUCGCAAAGUGCAAUAGUGAGAAUGAAUGGCCGUUUACUUUUUGAGGAAAAUAAAUAAAUUUCAUGGUUGUGCUCUCUAAAUAAAUAUAUUCCAAAAUUACAUGAUACAUUUAGUUUUGACCACAAUGUCUACCAGCGAAAACAUUGUACUCAACAAGCUGAGAUCUGGGAACACAACCACAUCAAUAAAUCAAACUCUGAGCUGACUGGAAAUAAAUCUCACGUUGGGCAACUUUAUUUGAACAGAAAACAAAGAUGAACGGUAAAAUUGUUAUCUGUUCGUUAUAAAGAGCCACUUUCUGGUUCACCUUUGGCCUACUGUACAUACUGUAGUGUCCUGUGCAAAAAGGGAUAUUGUAGCAACAAUUCACUUGAUUCUCACUUUCACUCUGACCUUUGAAUAAACACUUUGGGAUUAUUUUUAGUAUUCCCAGAUCAGCUAGGUGAGUGUAUUGUCAUUACUGACAGGAGUGAUGGACAAAAGUAAGAAUAUUACACCCAAGCUGUAACAUGCUCAAAUAAAGAUUUCAAAAACUACAUAAUUUUAAAGGUCCACUUCAUUUCAUUUCAGUUAAUGAAGUGGUCAUGGAACCAUCUCCAAAUGAUCUGAGCAAACAUUUACUACAUUCUAAUCAAGUAAAUGAGUUGAAAAGCACCCAGAGCCAAAGUGACAGUGUCAUGCAGAUCUCCCCCCAGACAUGGCUCACUGUUCAGUGAAGUUGAACCUGCAUACAAAGUGCAGCUCAGCCAGCACUGCUGCUCAUUAUAUGUACGUGCAGGUAUACACUCUGUGCUUCCUGUCACCAACAGCAGCAGUGAUGCAGGAAGGUCAGGAUAGUACAACUUGUUUUACAAAUGGACACUUUAGUGUCAUUAUGGUAUUUUUCUUUUUUUUUAAUUAAUUUAUUUUGUGUGUGUGUGGCGGGGGGGAUGUCAGUGGACUAAAUGAGAAAUGAGUUCUUUUCCUACAAACAUUACUUAUGACUGUACAGUGUGUAUUUUGUGGUCAAAUAGCUAGCUUUUACAGCGUGUAUAUUGAAACAUUUUAGUUGUUAGUACUUCAGUGUGUGACUUCCUUAUAGUUGGAGAAUAAAAUAAUGUAAAUAAAUGGUUUUAAUGU